AUGACCGACAAUCCUGAGCCCAAGGGCAAAGGCAUUAGUUCGCGCUUUUCGAACAUUUUGCGUCGUUCUACUCGCUCUACCUCUGACUUGACUGGCAUACACGAACACGAUAUCGCAUCUGAAUACCCGACUGUUAGAAAAGUUAUCAAAAAACCCAAAAACAACGACUCUAAUGACUCCAUAUCUAUUUACGCCUCCGAUGACUCCGACAAAAAACCUAGAAAAAUAGCCAACGUUCCCAAUCGUAAGCCUGCACACAAAAACCCAUUCUCUGCCAUCCCUAGUGGAGGCACACAAGAGGCAGUCGCCAGCGCGCUAGCCGUAAUUGACCGCAUUUCGGACUACACCCUUAGCCCACCCCCUACAGUUCCUCUCGUCGCAAGCCCGCCGAGAAGCCCUGGCGUCGCAAACGCCGGCAUCACACUGGUCAUCAGCUCCUCACAAGAGUCCGAACAGGUUAGAGAUGCCGGCGCGGCGCUGGCGCAACUCACGGAAUAUACGUUGGACGAUGAACCCAUCCAUAGCCCCCCCAGGAUCGCACCUGUUGAAAUGGAGGCCAUAUCCAGGCCAGGAUCCACUACCCCCACCCGAAACCGCACGAGACCCACCGAAAGACAAGUUACUCCAAUGGAAGACUGGGUCUUCAGCAGUCAAGAACUACACUGGUUCAAACGCCUCGAGGCUGGAGGCUACCCCGACAACGAAGCCCUCGAGCGCUGCAUCAAAUACUAUACCAUCACCAACCAAGCCAUCGCCAACAUUAUCGAGAACAGGCAACUAUACGAUAAUACCGACGAAGAAACGAGCAGCACCAAUGCCUUCAUUCAAAAAAUCGAAAAACUCGGCAACCAAAUCUCUUCAAUCGCCGAAAACGCGCUUUACAACGGCACGGAAGCAGGACCAAGUCGUCCAGAAUCACCGAUGAAGCAAGACGAAGAGGAAGACACAUACAUGGGCGAACCCGAACCCGGCCCGAACCAACCCAACCCCCUAACCACUGAAAUCUGCUGGGGAACCGACGCUAAACCAGGCGAGUGGGGAGGUUACACCAACCCACCAGCACCAACACACCCAACCAUUGCCGAUCCCACCCAAUCCAUGCUCCAGGCGAUUUUAACCAAGAUGGGGCAGCUCGACGACAUCAAGUCCCGACUAGACAAGCUCGAAGGCAAAUCGCCGCAGGUACACACUGCACAAACGAGCACCUUUGCCAAUGUCGCGGCGAAGGCGCCAGCCAAAGCCCCGGAGGUCAAAGCCUCUAACAUUGCCGCUGCCAUCAAGAGGGACAUCGCCAAACCGGCGCCCGCACAGAGCGACGACAAGAAUUUUGUCGUUCGCUUCAAAACUUUACCCGUCACCCAACCUAACCCCGAAAGCAUAUUCGUGGCCAUGCGGGAAUGCCUUGAUGCCGCAAACCGCAACCUCGGCAAGGGCAGACUCACCAGAGUCCGGUGGUCACUAAAGGCAAGCCUCCACCUUUCCUUCUCUAAUAAUGUCUCCGUCACGGCGAUUGAAAACGCCAUCCCACUGCUCAUGGAUCGUCUACGACUCCCUGAGUACGAUUUCGGACCUGAGGUCCCAUGGAGCAGACUAGUCGUCACAAACGUCCCCACCGGGAUGGGCGGCUCACUGCAACGCAUGCGCAACCGCGAGGAGCUAACACAGCUCCUCAACGAAGCCUUCCCUGACUCCGCCAAAUUUGGCUCAGUCAAACUUACCCUCGCACCCGACUGGCUAGCAGACCCCGCGCGAUUACAAGCCGAGGGACGCAAUGCCUCUACUGUCUCGUUUGCCUUCGAAGACGCAGGAGGAAAUGCGAAAUCAAGAAGUUCAACCCAAAACCCCUACUCCAAACCUGCUCGAAAUGCGUCCGCUACGGACACACCGAACGCCAAUGCCGAACCAAAAAACCCCGCUGCCACAAAUGCGGACGUAACAACCACACAACCGAAGAACACAACGCGGACAACUGCCCUCGCUGCAUCCGUGACGGCAAAGGCAACCCGUGCGAAUGCAUUUACUGCACAUCCUGCAGCCUCCACGGCCAUCGCUUCAAUACCCCCGAUUGCCCCAAGAUGUCCGAAUUCCGACGCCCCAUCACGCAAAUUGUUGCUAACCGGUCCGCAAACCGCAAUGACUGAAAGACACUGCAUCCAACUUAACGUCGCAGGCUGCAACCCGCGCAUGCACGCCCUGCUCAACGAACCCCUAUACGCGCACUUUGACAUUUUUAUUUUCCAGGACAUCUGCGUCGCUAUUUAUAUCCGAAAAGAGCGCAACAUUCAUGCCCAAUUCUCCAACUGCGUCCCGACUCACCGCGAUAUCCUCGCAGUUGACCUCUUCCUCGACAACCACAAAUUCACCAUCGUCAACGCCUACGCACACGGAAAAGAGGCACACAAAACCAUAAAUCACCUCACUAACGAAAUCAUACCUAUCGAUCGACCUCUCAUCCUCACCGGCGACUUCAACCUCCACCACCCAGACUGGGCCCUAGACGGUUCCAAAUGGAAAAACAGACACCCGAACCAAACGGAAAGGGAGUUUAGAGAUUACGCUGAGUUCAACGAUCUUACAAUUAUGAACCACACCUCGCACCCCACCCGCAUUGCAUCUAACCCCGCUUCCAACUCCAUUAUCGAUCUUACGUUUCUUAACAAUAGGGCCGUCGAGGCGUGGCCCGACUUCAACUGGGAAGUAGACACGCCAUCGACCGGCAGAUCAUGCGGCUCGGACCACAUGGCCAUCACAUGGUCAAUCCAGCCGUUCGAUCAAGACGAACCUGUCGAAGAAGCGAUUCUCACGUCGCACAGGCCAAUCGACCCCAAGCGGGAGGACAAAUGGGUCGAAGCAUACGCCAAAGCCCUCAAGAAAUUUGACCUCCCCGAAGAUCCCAAUACCGCCGAAGACGCCGACUUGAUCACGGGGGCGAUCCUGGAGGCCAUGUCAACCGCGACGAUCAAAACGAUGCCCGACGGCAACAAGAAAAGAAAAGUAACGGACCGCCGCGAUCCCCAUGGUGGAACGCCGAGUGCUCAGGCGCGCUCAACGAUCUCAAACAUAACCCCGAGAACCGCACCCGAGAACAACUUCGCUCAACGUUACGCGGCGCCAUCAGACGCGCACGUCGAAGCCACGGAGAUCGGGAAGCGCCGGUCCUUACUGCCCCCGAUCAAAAGCCCCGAUGGAGGCCUCACAGCCACACACCCGCACCACAAAGCCGAAAACCUGGCUAAGCAAUUCUUUCCGUCUAUUGCCAACCCUAAUAUAUCUCUACACCCACUAGGAAUCAGGGCCAUGACCAAACGCCCAUUCCAGGAGAUAUCCACAGACGAAAUUGCCAAUGCCAUCAAAUGCACUUCCAACAAAUCCUCCCCUGGCGCAUUUGGCUCAAACUACAGGCUCCUCAAAUGGGCCUUCUGGUGCGACACUAGUAUCUUUGUCAACCUAUUCAACCUCUGUUUGAGAAUUGGCUACCAUCCCUCAGUGCUGCGUAACUGCGUCAUUGCCCCCAUCCCAAAGCCCCGUUGCCAAGACAUGUCCCUACCCAAAAACUAUCGUCCCAUUGCUUUACUAGAGACGCUAUCCAAACUUCUAGAGAAGGUUAUCACAACUCGAAUCACCUUUGAGGCUGGCAAGCACUCGCUCAUCCCACACAGCCAGUUUGGGGGUAAAGACAUCACCUCUUGCACCGACGCUGGGUUAUGCAUGAUCCACGACAUCAAAACUCACUGGAAGUCCAACCACAGGGUCUCUCUUAUCACCCUGGACGUGUCCGGAUACUUCAACAACGUGGAUCACAGGAGGCUAAUUUACACUCUGGAUCGCAUGGGGUACCCCAAUCAAAUUUGCAAUUGGCUCAGAUCUUACCUCAGCCAUAGAACUGCACAAUUUAGAGUGGACGGUCACCUCUGCCCUCCUAUAGCCCUCCCACCUGUGGGAAUUCCCCAAGGUUCUCCUCUAUCCCCCAUUUUAUCCUCAUUAUACUCCACCCCACUCCUCAUUGCUGCACAAGACCCACACGCACAGUCCUUUGCCUACAUAGACGACUUCACCAUUUUGGCGUGGGGGAAGUCUCAUGAGUAUAAUGUGGCUACAAUGCGGCGGAUAGCCACUUGUGUGUCUCACACAGCCUCCCAACUUGGCUUAGAAUUUGAAAUUGAUAAGUCUGACUUAAUACAUUUCUACCGCCACUCUAACCACUCUUCCAACCCCAGUCUUCAUCUUACCCUGAAUGGCAAGAACUAUACCAUACUGCCCCAAGGAUGCAUUCGUUGGCUAGGAUUCUACUUAGAUAGGAAGCUCACGUUCAAAGAGCAUAUCUCUAACUCCACCAACAAAGCCAAAGCCAUCAUAGCUGGACUAGGAAUGCUAGCCAACACACAGCGCGGACUUACCAUCAAACACGCGCGCAUCCUAUACCUCACCUGCGUCAUCCCAAUCCUUACAUAUGGAUCCCCUCUGUGGUUUCUGGGGCGCAGACAGAAGUCGUUGCUCGAACCGCUUAGGAAGGUCCAGAACCAAGGACUGAGAUGGCUUCUUGGAGCCUUCAAAACCACUCCUAUCCCCUGUCUUGAACACCUAGCCUCCAUCCCGCCCAUACACAUCACGUGCCAGAAGCUUAUCAUGAACUACUCGGCUAAACUUAGAACCAUCCCCAAGUCAUCCGAAGUUGCUAAACGUCUCCCAGCGUCAUGGGACACGCAUACACCUACCCUUAACAGCAACAGGAUUAACAAGGCCAAGAGCUUACAAUCCCCCAUCCACUUCAUUGCAUCACAUACAAUCCCGUUCCCUGAUCAAAUCAAAAUCAAGGACACCUCCGACGGCCUCAAACGCGACGAAUACCGCGACAAAAUCCUAUCCGAAAUUAGCGUACUGGAAGAUUGUCAUGCCAGCGUUCUUGGCUAUUCAGAUGGGCACGCGGCGGUGUCCAAUGGCAUUCGGAAAGUCGGCGUCGGCUACGUUAUACGAGCCGGAAAAAGGACUUUGUCAUCGUCGUCGAUUGGAAUCGGACCACGAGCGAACAUAUACGAUGCGGAAAUGCUGGGAAUUCUCUUAGCGUUCAUGAAAGCUAAACAAAUAGCCGAAAUCCAAGGAUAUCGUAAAAUACGAAUAUACUGCGAUAAUCAAGCCGCUGUUAGAUCCAUUGCCGACCUAUCUCGACACCCGUGCCAGUUCGCCUCCAGAGUUUUCGUCCCCGCCGCCAAGGCAUUCGUAGAGGGACACCCCGAACGAUCCAUUCAUAUCACCUGGACGCCCGGGCACAACGGAGUCGAAGGCAACGAAACAGCGGACCGGCUGGCGAACGAAGGAGCUAGAGUUACUCCGACCCCUAUAUUCAACCGCACCAUCACGUGGGCUAGAGAACAAGCCACACGGAAGACCGUACGAUCUUGGAAGAAAGCGUGGCACGAUCACACCGAAUCCAGAAUUAACUCCAAAUACUACAUACCCCGCCCCCCCGCCCUAAAGCUACACCCGAUCUUUAACACCAGUAAGCUGGGCAGGGACCUCGAGUGUCGCCUCGUGCAGUACCUCACGGGGCAUGGACAUUAUGGAGAGUACCACGCCCAAUUCCAUCACGACGUCGACCCAGGUGCGCUUGCGGGGAAUCGGACGAGACCAUAUUUCAUUUAA